GCACGAGUGCCAGGAGCGAGCAGAGCGAGAUGCACCGCGCAGUGCCCAGCCGAGGCGAUGCCGCUGUUCCCUGCAGCAUCCCCGGUCCUUCCCAGAGCCGUGCUGGCCGCGGUUUUUGCCAUCCUUGCCAAGAAAUGAGUUUUUCCUCGGAGAUGGACACCUUCAGCACCAAGAACCUGGCCCUGCAGGCCCAGAAGAAGCUCUUGAGCAAGAUGGCUACCAAGACCAUAGCCAACGUCUUCAUUGAUGACACCAGCAGUGAGAUCUUGGAUGAGCUCUACCGGGCCACCAAGGAGUACACCCACAACCGCAAAGAGGCCCAGAAGAUCAUCAAAAACCUCAUCAAGAUUGUCAUGAAGUUGGGCGUGCUCUACCGCAAUGGGCAGUUCAACCCUGAGGAGCUGCUGGUGAUGGAGCGUUUCCGCAAGAAGGUGCAUACCUUGGCCAUGACAGCUGUCAGCUUCCACCAGAUAGACUUCACCUUCGACCGCAGGGUCAUGUCGGGUGUCCUCACAGAGUGCCGGGACCUGCUGCACCAGGCUGUCAACGGCCACCUGACGGCCAAAUCCCACUCCCGCAUCAACCACGUCUUCAAUCACUUUGCGGACUACGAGUUCCUCUCGGCUCUCUAUGGGCCAUCCGAGCCCUACCGCACCCACCUGAAGAGGAUCUGCGAAGGGGUUAACAAGAUGCUGGAGGAGGACAACAUAUGAAGUUGGCCAAGAUGGGCCAUUGGCAGCGACUGCCGGACUCUGCCUCCUGUGAGACCGAAGACAGGACGAACGCCUGUUUUGACCAUCACCAGCCUUGACGUCCUCUUCUCCUCUGUAGUGCUAACUCAUUUUCUCCUCGUUUCUACAAAAGACUGAACCUCGUGACUUUGUCUAACCCUGGCCCAGGGUCUGCAAACCCCUCCCUGCGCUGGGCUGAGUCCUUUCCAGGUGAUCCUGGGCUUCUGGGCUCCUGCUGUACAGUUUGAUUUCCUUUGCCCACUAAGUGCUCUUAGCUCAGAGUCCAAGGAACUGGACUUCUCACCUUGAACUCCAUCGUAACCCUCCUGGGGGAAAACCAAACCAAAGACUUGCGGUGCGUAACACCUCUAAGGUGUCUCUGAGCGGGUGGGCAGUUGCUUGGAUGAACGGUUGUGAGACCCUAUUACCGGAGGGUUGUGGAGCCCCAUGGUUUUCUUUCAGCAGCUCCAUGACAUGGUGGGAGCAAAUCAUGGUCCAGACUUGUGCUGCCCGGGCUAGGAAGGUGCUUCUGCACCUUGCAAGCUAGCAUGGGCUUUGGCCUCCUACAAGACAAGUCCUUGAGACCAGAAGGAUCCCACCUCGCCUGGGUGAGCGGCUGUCCCUCGGGGCAGGGAGGGAGCUGGAGGGACCUGCUCCUUCCCUGCGUCCCAGG